AUGGAAAUGCUUGGCAUAGCUGCAGUGGAUAUGAAAACAAAAACCAAUACAUUCCAACAUUUGCUGGAACAAAUGGCCUCAGCAGGUGUCAUUGAUGAUAGCAUCGUUAAAAAUUUGCUUGAAAAAAGGAUCAAUGCUCAAAGUGAACGAGCUUCAGAGGGACAAGAUAUGGAUGAUGGACGCCAACGGGCUCUUGCCUUCAAUCUGUCAUUCAUUUUGCUUACACGAAUGCGUUUUAUAUACAAUGAUCUUCGACCAAGUGAAUUGGUAAGUGGAACACUUCGCGGCGCGGACAACACUCAAUCAUGUUUCUACAAAUUCGCAUCGCAGUACGGAUGGACAGCAGCUGAUAGUUGUAGCACACCGAUUACUUACACCAGUGACCAGAAAGCUGCUUUUAUUGAACGUGUCAGUAUCCUGAAACGUGCCCAACCAUUUUGGGAUCCAAGGACGUAA